AUGUCUCAAGCCCCGACACUGAAGACGCUUCCCACUCUAGCUAAUGAGGACAAUAACAGAGAAGAACAACUGAUCUCGGAGCAAAGACCUUCCGAGCAUGAAGCUCUCCUGCCGAAUAGUCAGAGGCAAGGACCUCCAAACGCCCCCGUGGUGAUAUUCUGCAUCUCCUGUAUAACUUUCAUUGGCUCUUAUCUGGGUGGGCUAGUGACCGUGUCUGUUCCGCAGAUUUCCUCAGAUCUUCACCUGAGUCCCGGAGUGGAAUUAUGGCCAGUGUCGAUGUUCGCCCUAGGAACAGGGUGCACACUGCUCAUUUCGGGUGCCAUCUCCGAUGCGGUAGGCAGCAAAGCAACUCUGAUCGCGGGGUGUUUUCUGCAAAGUUCCUUCUCAAUGGCCUGUGGCCUUGCUCGAAGCGGAAUUCAACUCAUAAUCUUUAGAAUCAUGUCUGGUGUAGCAGCUUCACUUUGUAUGCCGUCUGCCAUGAGUAUCAUUGCCGAACACUUCCCAUCUGGAAAGCUCAGAAAUCUUGCCUUUGCUCUGAUGGGAUCGGGUCAACCCAUCGGCUUUGGUGUCGGUCUCCUUCUGGGAGGCGUUUUUGCGGACACUGUGAGCUGGCGCUGGGGCUUUUACAGCGCCGCGAUCGCCAAUACUCCGGUCCUCCUUCUAUCAAUAUGGCAAUUGCCCGGUAGAAAUUCCGAGCAACAGGGUAUCUCAUGGCGUAAUCUCUUCUUCGGAAUUGACUGGAUUGGAGCCCUGACUGCCAGUGCCGCACUGGCUCUUCUCUCCUAUGCUUUAGCUGUCAUCACCGAUGAUGUAUCAAAGAUCCACGAGUCAAGCACGAUUAUAUUCCUCUGUCUGUCCUGCGCCCUGAUGAUUUUCUUCGUCCUCUGGCAAGGCCAACAAGAGCACCGAUCCCGACCCACCCUAAUCAAGAACUCCUUGUGGAAGGACUCGGGCUUUACCUGCAUCUGCACCAACGUCUUCCUGAUCUGGGGUGCCUUCAAUGCCUUUGAACAAAUCGCCAACUUCUUCUUUCAAGACGUGCAGCAACUCUCGGUAUUCAGUACUUCUGUGCGCUUUGUUCCAGUAACUGUCAUGGGCGUACUCACCAGCCUGGUCACUGGUAUGAUAUUGCACCGAGUGCGCGCAGAUGCCCUGAUCAACUGGGCUACUAUUCUCUCAUCGCUCUCACCACUACUAAUGGCGCUUAUUGACCCAGCGUGGACGUAUUGGCGCAGUGCGUUCUUUGCCAUGUGCCUCAACCCCGUUGCGGCUGAUGUCCUCUUCACUGUUUCGACUAUAGUUAUUGCUAGCAUGUUCCCUACGGAGACGCAGGGUCUGGCUGCCGGCGUGUUCAAUACUGUGUCCCAAUUCGGUCGCAGCAUUGGAUUGGCGUUGGUGGCGUUGAUCGCGAAUAGUGUUACUGAUAGGUACUCGCAAUCAGAGAACAAGGAUAGUCCCGAGGCAUUGAUGGUGGGCUAUCGGGCAGCUUUCUGGUUCCUUUUUGCGAUGAAUAUUGCCAGUCUGGUGGCGAGUUUAAUCGGGUUGCGGAGGAUUGGGAAUGUGGGACGGAAACGGUCAUUGGACAUUUAA